UAAAAGGAGCAGAGUCAAUUUCACUUCCAUUUUCCAAAUAUUCACAUAUUUGAUUUUAUAAGGAUAAAAACCUUGAUAGUUCACAACUGACUUUGAAUCAUUUUAUAAAAUAGCCAGUUGCUGAAUUUUAAUCAUGGAUAGAAAGAAAAAAAUAACUUAUAUGUAAAAAGAUCCAUUAAGAGAUAAAACAUGUGAUUUCAAAAGGAAACUAUGGCGUUUAAUUUUGACUUAUGUGUUCAACAAGCCUCUGACCUUAUUCAUGACUUUACCUGCUCUCCAUGUAAAGAUGACGGAUUAAAUAAUGAGGCACAGUUCUUCUGUGAUGAAUGCAAGAAAUAUUACUGCAACAACUGUGAGCAACUACACAAGAAACUGCACAGGACACAUUCAAUGUUUGGAAGACAAGAUGUGAGCAAGUGGAUGGGGUAUGCAGGACUGAGCCCCAUAGAGAUAUGUGACAAACAUGGUGACAAGAAGCUUGAACUGCUCUGUGAGGACCAUGAUGAGCUGUGUUGCCACAUUUGUGUCCCUCUUAAUCACAGAAUGUGUCAAAGUAUCAAACACAUUCCAGACCUGGCUAAAGGUCUAAAGAAACAAACUGACUUCAAGAAACUGCCUGCCAAUGUUGAUACGAUCACUACCAGACUUCAAGGCAUCACCAAGAAAAGGACUCACAACAAACAGUCCCUGAAAGACUGUGGGAAGAAAAUGCUAGCCGAAAUCAAAUCACUGAGAAAGAAGGUGAAUGAGAAGUUUGAUAAAAUAGAAAAAAAGACCAAAGACAUAUUGCAUGACCUGCUCCAUGAGACAGAUGAAUUCCUGCAGGAGAACAUUGACAAGUGCACUCAGCUCAUUGACAAACUAAGCACUUACUUAAAAACAAUCCAAUCCCAGCAAGAUGACAACACUUCUUACAUUGCGUAUAAGAAAUGCACGGACAAGAUGAGGGAAGCGGAGAGCCUGCUACAGGAACUGUCAAUCAAGCCGGACACAUCCCUUACAUUCCAGGCUGAUCCCAGGAUUGAACAAUUCCUCUCUGGACUGAACAUACUUGGAGAAAUCACCGGAGUACCGGGCAAAGGUAAACACUUAGGCAUAGGUAUUAUUUUUAAGAUCAAGAACUGCUCACAGUACACAGUUCACAUGCAAUAUGAUGAACAUGAAAGCUUUAUAACUGGAAUAUGUGAGAUACCAGGAGGAGAGAUCCUCAUCACAGAUCACCAAAACCACAACGUCAAGCUGCUAGACUCCCAGUACCAGGUGACAGCCACAUGUGAACUCCCUGAUAGACCACAACAUAUCUGUCAUAUUGCAGGAAAUGAAGCUGCUGUAACUCUCACCAAUAAAGGUGUGCAUUUCAUCAAAGUAACAGGUAGAGCACUGAGUGUAACAAGGAGGCUAACAUUUCCACAUUCUUGUCUCGGCAUUUCUCACCACAAUGGUACCCUCUAUAUAGGAUCGAGGACAGCGAUUUACCAGUACACAAUGUCAGGCCGGCUAGUAAAAAUGAUCUACGAAGACAAUACUUCCAACUUAACAGUGAAUAGAUUCACAGUAAGCAGGGAUGGCACCAACAUCUACAUACCAGCUACACACACAAACAAAUUCAUCACCAUUGACACAAGUGGGAAUAUUCUGUCAACUCUUCAGGACCCGGACUUUGAUCUGCCUACUUCAGUGUGUGUAAGUGAUGGAGGACAUGUGUUUGUCUGCUCACAAAUGUCCCAGAAAGUGACUCAGGUGGACAAGGAGGGUAAAUACAAGCUGGCCACACUGGUCACAGAGGAAGAUGAAUUUAGCAUGCCUUUAGCAGUAUGGUUCAAAGGACAUACGCAAAGUCUUAUUGUUGGACGAUAUGAAGACAAUCAGAUUUCAGUGUUUGAGCUUGAAUAACUUCAACAAAUAGACAAGCUAAAUGGCAAGACAACCAGAAAACCAAAGAUUUGAACACAAUUCGUAUAUCUAAAGGAACAGUAGAUUAAGUCAUGCAACAUUCAACAUCCUGUCAGUCUUAAAUAUUUAACUCGAGCAUGGUUUUAAAUUGAUGUGUCUACAAACUAUACACCAAAACAAAAAAUCUAACGGUGAACCAGAGAUUUUAACAAAAUGUGCAUAUUUUAUAGGAAAAGAGGAAUAAGUUAUGCAUUAUUUGAAAUCUAAUUGGUCUAAGAAGUUUACAUUAUAGAAAUUCUUUAAAGAUCAUCAUGAUGAGGUACAAAAUACACCAAACAAAGCUCCGAAAGUAGCAUACACAAAUAUAAUGCUCAGUCAGAUUAUUUUUUUUAUUUCUGAAGGUAAAUAAUAACCUCAUCACAUGAUAGGUACAGUCUACCAAUCAAACUGACAAUUGUACAUAGUUUUAAAACUUUUAAAUGGCAAGGUUGCAUCCAUUUUAUUGUAAACAAAGCCAAUUUGCCUACUUUAGACCUACUUGUACAAACAUAUUUAGAACCAUAACAUUGUUUGAUGGCCACUUUAAAUUCUGACUAAUAUUAUAUCUUUAAGCAAACAAAUGGUUUGUGAAAUAACAUAUGAGAGUUAAAUUCAUUUUAAUUGGUAAAAAAACAUUCUUAUUUAGAGUUUUUAAGUUUAUACAGUGAAAUACAUUUCAACAUUUUAUCAUUUACGAAAUAUUGUUAAUACUGUAUGCCAUAAACAUUUGGUCAUUUAUAUAAUAUUAUUUAUUUAUAUCAUAGGUCAUUGCCAUCUUUAGAUGGGUCAUGGUGUAUCUGCUUUAUGUUGUUGCACUUGGUUACGAAGCUUAAAUGUAGCAGGAACAACUAAAUACAGUAACCCUCAAAAGAAUUUUAUUGUGUUUUUUUUCAACCAGGCAAAAAUUUUGCAACACCGGAUCCUUUUGUAGUGUGGUCAAAGUCUGUGGUAUUAUAUCAUACUUUUAACUUUACGUGACAAGUAUCAUAUUAGAAUAUUGCUGUAAGCUGUAUUUACCUUAUUUUACAUGUAUUUGACAUAUUUUUCACCUAUUAUAACUGGGAGGAAUGUACCUCGUUACAUGAUAUGCUAAUGUUUUGCGUUUUACACUGAAUAAUAAACAGCAUGAAAUCAAACUGUACAAUAUACAUUAUAUAUUGCAAUUUGUAAAUAUGAUAUGUUUUUCAUAAUAGGCAAAAUAAUAAGUAUCAAUCAAUCUAUGUUUUUCUUUGAUUAUAUUAGUUCGUUCUUUUUUACAUGUUCAUUAACAAAUAUCUCUACACAACUGUCAACAGUAAACAUUGCACUGUGGUAAGAUGUAAGCUUUAAAAGUAAGUUUUCAGUUGUCCUAUGUUGAUUGAUAGAGGUUAUUCAUGGGUUUCUUCCUCUCUAGUUCCUAUGCAACGGUAUGAUACAUUAGAAAGCACUUUAUAAUUUCUUGUGGCAAUGUUUGGCUACCUCACAGUACGACAUCGCAUUGGACUACCUGGAGGAAUGUCCUCACUAUUGUUUUAUUGAAUAAUAAGAGAGCAAUUCCACAAUGUGCGUAGGAGAAAAUCUUGUAAGGUCAGUAAUUUCAGCUCAAUACUAUGUCGGGGGUUACAAAUGAAAUUUACUCUUAAUUCACAAAAUUAUUUAGAUUAUUCUUUGAUCUCCACACUGUGUGAUUGUUACCAAGCCUUGCGAGGUUCAAAGAAUCAAGAACUGUCACAGGAAUGAAACAAAUUACCUUAAUCAAUUAAUCUAUGUCUCACUAAAGAAAAUGGUGGUAAAAUAGGUUUAUGAGAUGGGUGGUAGGCGAUAAGAAUAUCAAAAACAAAGCAAAUAAUCUCGCCUUACCUUACAAUUUCCUAGCUCCUCUGCUCGACCUG